AUCUCUUUCCAAAGCAAUUUUUCCAGCAGCCAGCCCUCGUGAGCUAAGGUACAACUCGUCAAAGCCCUCUCUCUCUCUCAUCAUCUUUCGCCUAUAUACCCAACAAACCCUCUACUCCCGUGUUUGUGCUUUCGUUUUUCUUCACCGGAAAUUCAAUUGCCCGUUCCUAAACCCCGAAUCCGAAUAAUUUCGAAUCAAUUUAUGAUAAUUGAGAUUGGAUUUCAGCCAUUGAUCUGAUGGAGCGGAUAGUUGGAGGUAAAUUCAAGCUCGGCCGCAAGAUCGGUAGUGGAUCAUUUGGUGAUAUUUUUCUGGCUACGCAUGUAGACACGUUUGAGAUUGUCGCAGUGAAGAUCGAAAACAAUAAGACCAAACACCCCCAGCUUCUUUAUGAGGCCAAGUUAUACAGCAUACUUCAAGGGGGAAGUGGCAUACCUGGCAUAAAGUGGUCAGGUGUCAAUGGGGAUGAUAAUGUUCUUGUCCUCGAUUUACUGGGACCAAGCCUUGAGGACCUCUUUGUGUAUUGUGGUAGGAAGUUCUCAUUGAAGACUGUGUUAAUGUUGGCUGAUCAAAUGAUAACCAGAAUAGAAUUUGUACAUUCUAAAGGCCUCCUGCAUCGGGAUAUCAAACCUGAUAACUUUCUCAUGGGUCUUGGUCGGAAAGCAAAUCAGGUUUAUAUUAUUGAUUUUGGUUUGGCUAAAAGGUACCGUGAUUCGACAACAAACCGGCAUAUUCCCUACAGGGAGAAUAAAAAUUUGACAGGAACAGCACGAUAUGCAAGUUGUAACACCCAUCUUGGAAUUGAGCAAAGCCGAAGGGAUGAUCUCGAGUCCCUUGGAUAUGUGCUUCUAUAUUUUUUGAGAGGAAGCCUUCCCUGGCAGGGGUUAAAAGCUGCCACCAAGAAGCAGAAGUAUGACAAGAUUUGUGAGAAAAAAUUAUCAACUCCCAUUGAGGUGCUGUGCAAGUCCCAUCCCGUGGAAUUCGCCUCCUAUUUCCACUAUUGCCAUUCUUUGACAUUUGACCAGCGACCUGAUUAUGGAUUUUUGAAACGUUUAUUCCGUGAGCUGUUUACGCGUGAAGGUUGUGAGUUUGAUUAUGUAUUCGACUGGACUAUCUUGAAGUAUCAGCAGGCACAAACAAGUAAAACACAAAAACGGCCUAUUGCUGGAGAAAGCAGUGAAGUUGCUCCAGUAGAAGCAGAAAAGCAUCAAGGCAGUAAUGCUCCUCUUCCAUCUGAUUUGGGGGAACGUAUGAGGUUGAAUAAAGCUGAUGCUAGUCCUAGUGUACGCUUGCAAUUCAAAUCACCAACAAGUCGAAAUGUUACUCAUGGCAAUCUUGUUGACAAAAAUGUGUUCAGUAACACAAAUGUGCCAUCCACUUCAUUCUCUCCUGGUGUUGUCGGAAAAGGAAAUAACUCAAAACCUAUAUCAUCCAUGGAGGCAAAUGCUGGUCGUAGUCAUGGAAAUGAAAAUCCUGCUCCUUCAAGUAGUUGGAUUUCUUCCUUACGCCGCAUCUCUUCGUCCAAGUGAAUGUGUGGACAACAUCAGGAUUUGAUCUUUUGAGCUCCAUCUGUGCUGCCAUGGUGGACGAAAAAUGCUGUUAAAGAUGAUACAGGCAAUGGCCAGUGCAAAUUGACUAUUUUCUCAUUGAUGACAACUGAUGGAGUUACCAAUCCCAGAUGCUCAUAAUUGGAUGAUUCAGUGAUUGGUGUGUAUAGUAUACAAAUGACAAGUUAGUUAAUAUUUCAUAUUUCCUGAUUCCUCGUGAUUUGUUAGCCAAGGGUUAUGUUUGUGUGCUGCUGGCAUGUAUAUCUUCUUUUCUCUAACUGUUCCACAGCCAAAGCAAAGGGCUGCUGGAGUCUACUAGCUACAUACUGGAUUCUGCAAUCUAAUGCAGAAAAUGCAUUCAUCUAAAUUGUACGGUGGUUCUUGGGAAACCAACAUUGACGAAGGAACCCUUGAUCAAUGGGGCUUUGUGGAGUACAAAGGUCACACAGGGCUGCAUGAAGUCAAGGUCAACCAGGUGCUGGAGUUCAUUUCGUGGAAUGCAAAGGUCGAAGGGGCGCUUGAUGCACAUUGUACGUAUAAAAACUUAUUUUCUCAGCCUUAUCAUGAAACAUUCUACUUUAGUGCAUCUUACAUUGCUAGUUA